UCUCUCUCUCUCUCUCUCUGCUCUGGUAGGUCCACAAUGGUACAGCCAGCAUCUUGCAGCACAAUGGUCGUAAGGUGGUGUUGAGUUGGAGGAAGAGUGAUUCAGCAUCAGCAGACCUCGUCUACGUCCAUCUCUGCUUCUUUUUUCCUUUCCUCAUCGCCGUUUUUUGCCUCGUCUUGUCCCCUUUUUGCUCAUUCGCCAUCUUUGUCUUUCACGUCUAAAUGAAGCUUUCGGCUCCGCUCAGCGCAAUGUUUGGCGUCGGGAUGUUUUGAAAAAAAAAAGGACUGUCACCGGACUGGGAUCGUCAUCAGCUGGCACGGAAUGGUAUUUAUGAGCAGACAUUUCUUAUAUAACUGCAGCCAACCUAUCCUGGAUGUGAAGAUAGCCUUUUGUCAGGUGUGUGUUCCUUACAGGUAAAAAAGGGUUUUGGAAAACAAGUGGAUGUGUCAUAUAUUGCCAAACAUUACAACAUGAGCAAAAGCAAAGUGGACAACCAGUUCUACAGUGUGGAAGUGGGAGACUCUACUUUCACAGUUUUAAAACGUUACCAGAAUUUAAAGCCCAUUGGCUCUGGAGCUCAGGGAAUAGUCUGUGCGGGCUAUGAUGCUGUCCUGGACAGAAAUGUAGCCAUAAAAAAGCUGAGCAGACCCUUCCAGAACCAGACCCAUGCUAAGAGGGCUUACCGGGAGUUGGUGCUCAUGAAAUGUGUCAAUCACAAAAAUAUUAUCAGUUUAUUAAAUGUCUUCACACCACAGAAAUCAUUAGAGGAAUUCCAGGAUGUGUACCUAGUGAUGGAGCUGAUGGAUGCCAACUUGUGCCAGGUGAUUCAGAUGGAGCUUGACCAUGAGAGAAUGUCCUACCUGCUCUACCAGAUGCUGUGUGGUAUCAAACAUCUGCACUCGGCCGGUAUUAUUCACAGGGACCUCAAACCGAGCAAUAUAGUGGUGAAGUCAGACUGCACCCUGAAGAUCCUGGACUUUGGUUUGGCCAGGACUGCGGGCACCAGCUUCAUGAUGACCCCUUAUGUGGUGACUAGAUACUACAGAGCCCCGGAGGUUAUCCUGGGAAUGGGAUACAAAGAGAAUGUGGAUAUAUGGUCGGUGGGGUGCAUUAUGGGAGAAAUGGUGCGCCACAAAAUCCUCUUCCCUGGCCGAGACUACAUCGACCAGUGGAACAAGGUGAUCGAGCAGCUGGGAACACCUUCACCAGACUUCAUGAAGAAGCUGCAGCCCACAGUGAGGAACUAUGUAGAGAACCGGCCAAAGUACGCAGGCCUCACCUUCCCCAAGCUGUUCCCUGACUGCCUUUUCCCUGCUGACUCCGAGCACAACAAACUCAAAGCGAGUCAGGCCAGAGACCUGCUGUCUAAGAUGCUGAUCAUCGACCCGUCUAAACGGAUAUCGGUGGACGAGGCCUUGCAGCACCCCUACAUCAACGUGUGGUACGACCCAGCUGAGGUGGAGGCGGCCAGAGAUCUCAUCCAAAUAUCCAUGCCUCCGCCUCAGAUCUACGACAAGCAGCUGGAUGAAAGAGAACACUCCAUUGAUGAAUGGAAAGAAUUAAUCUACAAAGAGGUGAUGAACUUUGAGGAGAGAACGAAGAAUGGCGUAGUGAAGGGACAGCCUUCACCUUCAGGUGCAGCCGUGAACAGCAGCGAGAGCCUCCCUCCCUCCUCCUCCAUCAACGACAUCUCCUCCAUGUCCACCGACCAGACCCUGGCCUCAGACACUGACAGCAGCCUGGAGACCUCUGCAGGACCCCUGGGGUGUUGCAGGUGACUAGCCGCCUGCCUGCGCAACCCCAUGUUCUUCCGGAGGUGAAGAACUCGAACGAAAUGACCCACUGAAAAUAUACACACACACAAAAAAAAAAGAGUAAAGAUCAAAUUACUAUAUAUUAAGAACAAAAACAUGAGGUAUGGAAACAGAGAAUCUGAAAUGAUGAAAUCUAAAAAGCCUGUGCAUUGUCAUUCAAAAACAGCAUUUAAACUGAAGAUAAUAAGCUGAGAUAUAUGUUAAUGAUCCUCUAGUUGCUUUGCUUAUAUUACCCCACAUAUCUUGUAUAUGGCAUCCAAACAAAAACGACCAAAUGCUUAGACUUGCAUCUCCUGUAAAGUGCAUAUUGGCUGGCUGCUGGUCUCCCAAUUCCUAACGAAAGCAUUUAUGCUUCGAUCACCGUGGCAAGGUGGCCAUUUUGCUCAUCACAACUGUACAAUAAAAUCUUCAUUCCCCUUUUCCCUUUUCUUAUGUAACAACACUGCUGUAUUUUAACCUCAAGGCUUGAUCUUAGACACCCUCAUCCUCAUCCAACACAACCCCCAUGUAAGGUUGCCUGAUAUGUGUGUUUUUAUGUGGUUAUUCUGCAGGGAUAUGUAGUCGCUCUCACCCUGAGCGACGCUGCCUGCACUACUUGUAAAUAAUGUAAUUCUGUACAGCUGAUGGGCACACAGAGUGGGACUGAUGGCCAGUACACUGGGAGUUUUUUUUCUGACUAGCGCACCUUGCCACAUCACCGCUUUCCACCUCAGUUGCCCCUGCCUAUUGCUGUAGUCCUGCAUGAUUAGAUUUAAAUCAAUGCUAAUCUCACUGUAUGCUAAAAUGAGUCUGUGUAGAGACUUUUGUUUAUAUAAGAUGUGAGCUAACUCAAAUCCAGACAUCAGGGGGAGAAGGGGUCUGGUCACAGGAUAGAAUGUGUGAGUGUUUGUGUGCGUGUUAACCACUGGCAAGCCAUCGAGAGAUGAGUAAAUGUCAGGGCAGAGUUUGGGACUUAAAGGGUCAGUACACUCAGUAGAGUGAUUUAUUUGAUUGUGCUCAGACUUCUUAAGAGGAGUUUUAAAAGUCUGAUUUGUCAGUGAUUUCCCUUUUAUUCCCCUGGUAGUGUUUGAUUGGUUUCUGCACCAGCACACAGGCUGGUCCACAGCCCUGCAUGUUAUCCACCAAAUUCACACAGCAGCCAUUUUGUUCUGAUGUGGCGCUCACGGUCGGUGGGGGGGGCUUUAAUGCUGUAAUAACGUAACGCUGCGAUCCAGGUUACAAGUCAAAUAACUGCUUAAACUCUAACAAAUGAUUUUUUUUCCACCACUUUCCAUUGAUGAAGAAUAAAAUAAGAUGGGGAAAGUUUAAAUCAGUGUAUAUCUGGACAUGUCAAGCUAAAACACAACCUAGCAUCUGAUACCAGAUCACAUUCACGUACAACCAAUCUCCUAGCUAAAAUUACUGUAGGACAGGAAUUUAGACUUCUAAUAAUGUUGCUGUCACACUGUCAAACAAUAAUGUUAACCUGGGCUAAUGCUAAAUACGUCUGUGGUACAGUAGCUAAUAGGUCAAAAUUUAAAUUAGCUUAAAAUGAAACAAUGAGGCAAUCUAUCGUUAGCUACAAUGUUAUUACUAUGUUUGCUAGGAAGUGGCUAAAUACUAUACUUAGCUGUAAUAUACCAGAGCUUAUCAUUUAUCAUAUAUUUCGUUGUUAUAACUUGAAAUUUGGUCCGUUUCAAAACAAUGAUACAAUCUAGGCUAAUCUUAGCCUGGCGUUUUUGCCUUAAUCAAUAUUUUAAACCAUCGAAAUAUAAUAUCAUUAAGAGAUUAGCAGUUACCCUACAGCUAAGCUUAGCUGAUAACAAAGUUAGCUAUAGGGUACAUCAUAGGUGUGUUUUGUUUCAGCUUGAAAUGUGGAAUAAUUUCCAGGGACGAUUAUGAAAUCUAUUGUAGCUAAGAGUUGAUGCCAUUCUGCGUAUACGGUCUUAUUGACCGACCGAGCAAGUAGUUGAAUGCUAAAGUUAUCGCUUCCUAGUGGAUUAUCAAAAAUGUUUUUCUAGUUAUAUAUACUUUAAAUAUAUGGCUCAUAUACCUAUAAUUAUCCACGUCCUUUCAAGUUGCCAUCAGAUAUGUGCGUUUACCUGACAUGCUACCUGGAACAAAGCAGUACGGGGUUGUCAACAUUUUACCCUCCCGCUCUGAGAGUGACAUCAGAGAAAGGCCGCUGUGUAAACGCGGUGAACUGUGUAACAUGAACCCCUCGUAGGCACAGGAGGCUGGUCUGUUUCACAGUUGGGUUCACCAUUAAGAUAACAUUAUUAUUUAUUUGACUGAAACAUAGAUUAUUGAAGGAGUAUCAAAACACACAGUUUGUAGUUUACAGGCGGGCGAUGAGUGUUAACCUCGUAGCAAUGUGACAUUUUGUUCCAACAUAAAUAAUAUUAUUUCACUACACACAACAGAAACAAACACCCUUUUUCUGUUUGAACUAGAAACAGUCUUUCUCACAUUAUUUCGUAGCUAGAAGAUAUUUAUUGACUUAUUUAUUUUGAUAGGUGGAACUGAAAAUGGCAAGUGCCUUUUGGAACGAAGCAUUGUUGGUGCAGAAAUUAUAUUUUUUCCUCUGCUUCUUCUUUUUCUGCCUUAAAAUGAUCUGAAUCCCCAAUCCAACAUUUUUUGGUUGAACAAUAAUGAAAACACAGUUUGGCCUGAUGUUGGUGCUUUAACUUUGGGUUUUAGCUUGGAAUAGUGAAAGAAUCGAAUUGCUUUGCUGAGAUUGAAUGACUUACUUAUGCUUGUGCUGGUUUAACAUGACAUUACAUGGACGGUUUUCUACCAUUUGCAUAUUUAGGCUGAAUUUAAUUUCACUAUUUCUUAGAUUUAAUCUUCAUUUAAUAGUGUUGCCAGAUAUUCUCUAGCCGGGACACUUGCACACGCUCAGACGCUUACAUGUAUUGUUUGCAUUGAACUUUACAAAGGCCCAGCUGCAGUGAUGCACUCUUUCUCUUUAGAUUUAGAGAAGGAGAUGCACAGAAUGUGUGGCAGAAAUCAGAGAUGUUUCUCAUGUCUCAUGUCUCAUGUCCAAAUUUGAAACAUUUUUCACUAACAUACAGUUACAUAGUUUAGGGUUUUACUACAUUUUUAUUUUCAUGCUUACGACAAAACUGUGCCGCUAGAAACCUCAACUACACCCUGAGUUGUUGAUCUCAACAACAUUCUCCUUUUGUUAAACAAGAAUGAGAAAAAGAUUCAAGUUAUCUUGAUUUUUACUGCUAUAUUUCAUGAAUAUAAAUACAGCAUCACCAUCUUUCAUACUCAUGCACUUUGCAUGGCCCCUGCUUAAGAUGUUAAGUCAUGAAUUGUUAAAACACGAGGAGAUGUUUGAAGAUCACUGUUUAAAUGCACAUUUCAAAUAUUUGUUUGUUAGCAUGUCAUUUGAUCGUCCAGCUAUUUCUCUGUGAUCUCUGGUUUAGCACCCCCAUUAAACCGGCUAAAUGUUCCGCUUCACUGUACAUAUGAGGUCUCCCAAUCCCUCCCCUCAGUUUUUCUUACAGAACUGCAGAUAGCUACUUUGUUAACACUCUUACUUAGCCUGCGGCCUGUGUACAGUUAACCACACACAGACUCACAGUACCUUCACCGAGCUACAAGGGUACCUGACGGCAGCGUCUCCAGGAUAAGCUACAGCUAGCUUGGCUUUCUGUUCAGGGUCUGGCCAGGGCAAUCUUUACAAAAAAAAAAAAACAGGGUGCAACUUUGAAAAAUGACUUUUAUGUUUCGAAGAUGUACAGAAGAUUUUAUCACAAAUACUACUGUUGCUGAUAAUCUACAGGGCAUUUUUAACGAUCCAUACUACUUCAUUUGAACUUUUACACGUUUUUUCGCACAGAGCAACCACUGAAUCAUAUUCCUUUUCCUUUUUUUUCUUUUUUUUCUCUGAAUGUGAAUUGUAGAUCUUUUUUAUAAGACGUCCCUCCACACAAUUCUGUUGUUAUAACAAGGUGCUUAUGGUCCCGUUUGAUGCGCCUAAAGCAGAUCCGGUUCUAACGCAGAUGAACAGCUGGGUUGUCCGCACUGAAUGUAGAAAAUGAAUUGUUUCACUCACGUCAUUGCUGCUCUGCUUGGUCAUCAGUUUGUGUGUGUGUGUGUGUGUGUGUGUGUGUGUGAUUUCAAAUGAACCAGCAAUGAACGGCGACGGGUUUGUGAAGGUUGAUGACGUUUUAAAUAAAAUCAUGUUGGAUUGAUUUCAAGAAUGUUGAUGGAGCGUUGGUAAAGUCAUGUGUUUGGGUGUAUUUCAUGUGUGUAUUCAUGUUCAGUCACAUAGAAUUAGAAAUGUGUCAACUACCAAUCCUGCAUCUAUUUUUUUUUUUUCACAAUUAAAAGGACUUCAAAAGUUCUCGCUUGAAUCCAGGAUUAGCCAGUUUGUUAGCCAUUUAUCUAGGAAUGGCCGACUUGUCAUUCAGCCAUGUUUUUUUUCCCUGCUAAUUUUAAACUACAUGUCAGAAGUUAGGAUACAUCUUGUACUCAGCUGUGCCAACAGAAAAUCAUUGGACCCAGUACUUGUGAUCCCCAGCUUGUUUUCUCCCCCCCCCCCUCACUCUUUUUCUGUUGUCUCAUAUUGUAAAUAACAACAAUCCAACAAUGCAAUAAACACUUUAUUGCACUCAGACAGGGAGGCAAGCUACUGCAAAGGUCAGGUGAUGCUCAAAAUGUUUGGAGUCUUCAAUGUGGACUACUAAGAUGAAACCCUGUAAAGCUCAUCUGAAUCAGGUGAUGUUGUUCUUUUACGAUUCCUUCUCUCUUGUUUUCUUUUACUCUGUGCUGUUUUAAUGAAUCAUUCUUUUGACAUUGUCAGGUUGAAUAAUAAAGAAAAAAAAAAAAGGAAAUUGUAUCUGUUUCACGCUGAUCUCAAAGCUUCAGGCUCAAGCGUUUCAAAUAAAGUCAAAACAAAUGCAAAAGAAAAAAAUUACUGAAAGCUGUUACUGUAAACACAACAUUUUAAAGGAACUGUGUAUGUAAAAAUAGUAUAUGUAUGUGAUUGAAAAUAAACAAAACCUUUGAUCUUGGA